UUCUUCUUUUCUUCUUACUUUCUCUCACUCUUUUAUUAAUCGACAUGGGCACUUGUAGAGAACUAGCGCCUAGUCAAAUCUUCGUUCCUGGUCCGAUCAUCGUCGGCGCUGGUCCGUCCGGUCUAGCCGUAGCGGCUUGUUUAUCAAACCAAGGCGUACCAUCGGUUAUCCUAGAGAGAACCGACUGUUUAGCUUCUCUAUGGCAAAGAAGAACCUACGAUCGUCUCAAACUCCAUCUCCCUAAACACUUUUGCGAGCUUCCUCUUAUGCCUUUCCCUAAAAACUUCCCCAAGUACCCUUCCAAGCAACAGUUCAUCUCCUACGUUGAGUCUUACGCCGCUCGGUUUAAUAUCAAACCGGUUUUUAACCAAACCGUCGAGAAAGCCGAGUUCGAUGCCGUCUCUGGUCUGUGGAACGUGAAGACGCAAGACGGUGUAUACGUAUCCACGUGGCUGGUGGUUGCCACAGGGGAAAACGCCGAGCCGGUGGUUCCAGAUAUACCCGGAUUGAAGAAGUUUACUGGACCGGUAGUUCACACCAGUGCGUACAAGUCCGGUUCGAUGUUUGCAAACCGGAAAGUGUUGGUGGUUGGUUGUGGAAAUUCCGGUAUGGAGGUCAGCUUGGAUCUUUGUAGAUACAAUGCUCUGCCUCAUAUGGUAGUUAGAAACUCUGUACAUGUAUUACCAAGAGACUUUUUUGGUCUAUCGACAUUUGGAAUAGCAAUGACACUACUGAAAUGGUUUCCUCUAAAGCUGGUGGACAAUAUUCUCCUACUUCUUGCUAAUUCCACGUUGGGUAAUACCGACCAUUUAGGCCUUCGACGACCAAAAACAGGACCAAUCGAACUCAAGAACGUCACCGGUAAAACUCCGGUUCUUGAUGUCGGCGCCAUUUCUUUAAUCCGAUCAGGACAAAUUAGAGUGACGCAAGCGGUGAAAGAAAUAACAAAGAAGGGAGCAAAGUUCAUGAACGGGCAAGAAACUGAAUUCGACUCGAUAGUACUAGCGACUGGAUAUAAGAGUAACGUUCCCUAUUGGCUCAAGGAGAAGAGUUUCUUCACAAAAGAAGGAAUGCCAAAAACGCCGUUUCCUAACGGUUGGAAAGGAGAGAAUGGACUAUACACGGUGGGGUUCACGAGAAGAGGACUCUCAGGAACAGCCUUUGACGCCGUUAAGAUCGCUGAGGAUAUCAAAGACCAAUGGAUGAAAUCCAACGGCCCGUUGAGUAGUUGUAGGAAUGUUUGUACUUCCCAUAUUAUCCAUCUUCAUUUCAAUAAAUCUUAAUCAUUUUUUUAUGUUACUUUUUUUUUUUUUUGGUUCUUUGUUCUCAAUUUUGUCUUGUUUCUUUCUUAAUAAUUAUAGCUGAUGAAGUUUGUUGGUUUUUCUUUGUUUAUCUAGUCUUCCUCGGUGUUGUAAA